CGUCAAAUCAAAGUCAACAUUCCGCUUCAGUUGUGGACGCCGCUUGCAAUGUCGCGGCACCGCCAGCAGGGGCGCCGUUGUCUGCUUGAAUAGCCAUAAGCGGGGGAGAGGUGCAUGAAAUGGGGAAAAAUGGCGGAUCAUGUGCAGGGCCUCGCCCAGCUAGAGAUCCUGUGCAAGCAGCUGUAUGAGACCACGGACACCACCGUGCGGCACCAGGCUGAGAAGGCCCUGGUGGAGUUCACCAACAGUCCAGACUGCCUCAGCAAGUGUCAGCUGCUGCUGGAAAGAGGAAGUUCGUCGUACUCUCAGCUGCUGGCCGCCACCUGCUUGUCCAAACUGGUGUCUCGGACCAGCAACCCAUUGCCUCUCGAACAACGCAUCGACAUCCGGAACUAUGUGCUGAACUACCUGGCCACGCGGCCCAAGUUGGCCGCCUUCGUGACGCAAGCACUCAUCCAGCUGUACGCCCGGAUCACCAAGCUGGGCUGGUUCGACUCUCAGAAGGACGACUACGUCUUCAGGAAUGUCAUCGCUGACGUGACGCGCUUCCUACAGGACAGCGUGGAGCACUGCAUCAUCGGCGUCACCAUCCUCUCCCAGUUGACCAACGAGAUCAACCAGGCGGACACGACGCACCCGCUGACCAAACACAGAAAGAUAGCGUCGUCCUUCCGAGACUCCUCCCUCUUUGACAUCUUCACGCUCUCCUGCAACCUCCUCAAACAGGCGUCUGGGAAGAACCUCAACCUGAAUGAUGAGUCCCAGCAUGGCCUCCUAAUGCAGCUGCUCAAGCUGAGCUACAACUGCCUCAACUACGACUUCAUCGGGACGUCCACCGACGAGUCCUCGGACGACCUCUGCACCGUGCAGAUCCCCACGUCGUGGCGAUCAGCGUUCCUGGACUCUUCCACCCUGCAGCUCUUUUUCAACUUGUAUCAUUCCAUACCGCCAUCGCUCUCCCCAUUGGGGGGGCAACAGGUGUUGUCAUGUCUAGUCCAGAUAGCGUCUGUCAGGAGGUCGCUCUUCAACAAUGCGGAGAGAGCGAAGUUCCUCUCACACCUGGUGGACGGAGUGAAGAGAAUACUCGCCAAUCCUCAGUGUCUGCCCGACCCAAACAACUACCAUGAGUUCUGUCGGCUGUUGGCGAGGCUGAAGAGCAACUACCAGCUGGGCGAGCUGGUGAAAGUGGAGAACUACCCUGAAGUCAUCCGCCUCAUCGCCAACUUCACCGUCACCAGUUUGCAGCACUGGGAGUUUGCACCCAACAGCGUCCACUACCUGCUCAGUCUGUGGCAGCGUCUGGCGGCGUCCGUCCCUUACGUCAAAGCCACAGAGCCACACCUGCUGGAGACCUACACCCCCGAAGUCACCAAGGCCUACAUCACAUCCCGACUGGAGUCGGUCCAUGUCAUUCUCAGAGAUGGUCUGGAGGACCCGCUUGAUGACGCGGGGCUGGUGCAGCAGCAGUUGGACCAGCUGUCCACCAUCGGCAGGUGUGAGUACGAGAAGACCUGUGCUCUUCUGGUCCAGCUCUUCGACCAGGCGGCACAAAGCUACCAGGAGCUGCUGCAGUCCACCAACUCCAGCGCCGCCGACAUCACCGUGCAGGAGGGUACGUGUCGUUUGACGUGGUUGGUUUACAUCAUCGGGGCUGUGAUCGGCGGCCGGGUGUCAUUUGCCAGUACCGACGAGCAAGACGCCAUGGACGGCGAGUUAGUGUGUCGGGUUCUGCAGUUAAUGAACCUGACAGACUCACGACUGGCCCAGGCGGGAAACGAGAGGCUGGAGCUCGCCAUGCUCAGCUUCUUCGAGCAGUUCAGAAAGAUCUACAUUGGCGACCAGGUGCAGAAAUCCUCCAAGCUUUAUCGUCGACUUUCGGAAGUUCUUGGCCUAAAUGACGAGACGAUGGUCCUGAGUGUCUUCAUUGGGAAAAUCAUCACAAACUUGAAGUACUGGGGCCAAUGUGAACCCAUCACCUCCAAGACCCUCCAGCUGCUCAACGAUCUUUCUUUAGGAUACAGUAGUGUCAGGAAGUUGGUGAAGCUCAGUGCGGUCCAGUUCAUGCUCAACAAUCACACGAGCGAGCACUUCUCCUUUCUGGGUAUCAACAACCAGUCAAACUUGAGCGACAUGAGAUGUCGAACCACUUUCUACACGGCACUGGGGCGCCUCCUCAUGGUAGAUCUGGGUGAGGAUGAGGAGCAGUUUGAACAGUUCAUGCUUCCCCUGACGGUGGCCUUUGAAGCCGUGGCCCAGAUGUUGAGCACGAGCACCUUCAACGAGCAGGAGGCCAAGAGAACUUUGGUGGGUUUGGUGCGAGAUUUACGAGGUAUCGCGUUCGCCUUUAAUGCCAAGACCAGCUUCAUGAUGCUCUUUGACUGGAUAUACCCAGCCUACAUGCCCAUCCUGCAGCGGGCCAUCGAGCUGUGGUACCACGACCCGGCAUGCACCACGCCUGUGCUCAAACUCAUGGCUGAGCUGGUUCACAACAGAUCUCAGCGGCUCCAGUUCGACGUGUCGUCGCCAAACGGCAUCCUGCUUUUCCGAGAAACCAGCAAGAUGAUCACAACCUACGGCAAUCGCAUCCUGACGCUGGGCGACGUCCCGAAGGACCAGGUGUACAGCGUGAAGCUGAAGGGGGUCAGCGUGUGCUUCGCCAUGCUGAAGGCGGUGCUCAGCGGGAACUACGUCAACUUCGGCGUGUUCCGUCUCUACGGCGACGACGCCCUGGACAACGCCUUACAGACCUUCAUCAAGCUGCUGCUGUCCAUCCCUCACAGCGACUUGCUGGACUAUCCCAAACUCAGCCAGUCCUUCUACUCCCUGUUGGAGGUUCUGACCCAGGACCACAUGAACUUUAUCGCCAGCCUGGAGCCUCACAUGGUCAUGUACAUCCUGUCGUCCAUAUCAGAGGGCCUCACCGCACUUGACACCAUGGUGUGCACGGGCUGCUGCUCCAGUCUGGACCACAUUGUCACCUACCUGUUCAAGCAGUUGUCUCGCUCCACCAAGAAGCGUCCCACACCCAUGGCCACGGACGACCGCUUCCUGCACAUCAUGCAGCAGCACCCUGAGAUGAUCCAACAGAUGCUGUCCACGGUCCUGAACAUCAUCAUCUUUGAGGACUGCAGAAACCAGUGGUCCAUGUCCCGACCCCUCUUAGGCCUCAUCCUCCUCAACGAGAAGUACUUUGCCGACCUGAGGAACAGCAUCGUCAACAGCCAGCCUCCAGAGAAGCAACAGGCCAUGCACUUGUGUUUUGAGAACCUCAUGGAAGGAAUUGAACGCAACCUCCUGACCAAGAACAGAGACAGGUUCACUCAGAACUUGUCGGUGUUCCGGCGGGAGGUCAACGACAGCAUGAAGAACUCUACGUACGGCGUCAACAGCAACGACAUGAUGAGCUGACAUUCCACGCGGCCGAGUCCUACCCAGCAGCAGAUGGAGUACCACGGCCCCGCCCCCGUACGACCCCUGCCUCGUGCCCCCCACCCCACGGGCUCAUUGAUAAUAUUCAGCCAAUAAGCACCUGUGUCACAUCACCCCGCCCCCUCCUUUUUGAUAUGAGCAUAUAUAAAUAUAUACAGAUCUAUUUUAACGCCAGUCAGCUUCGGUUGCACGAGGAAGAUUGGGGAGGGAGGGGGGGUGGCAUGUGGCAGCACGGGGGCCGGGGCCGGGGCGAGGGUCGGUGUAGUGAUCUGCUUCUGCCUGCCUUGUAUAGAAAAGGACACAAGUGUACAUUUUGUUUGGUAACAUUUUCCACAAUGUUUCUAUGAUGCGUGAUUGAGCUUUUUACGGCGUAGGACUUAGUGGACGCGUCCACGCUGGUGGAGUCGGUCCCUGGCCAUCGGGUUCAAAGUGAAGUAGAAACCAAAACGGCCAGUCUUAGGUGGCCCUUGGAGGAUCUCACUUCCUGGACGUGGCACACGGCUACUUCCUGUAGCUUUCAGUGACCCUUUUACCAGCGCCUCACGUCCGGGCUUGGUCCUCCAAACCACCCGGGGGAGGGGGGAGUGGGGGGCAGCUCAGCUCACUUCCAAACCCUCUCACAAGAUCCUGAUGGCGCUUUGUGGACCCGUGGAGCGUCUCAACUGAUCGGAGCGCUGCUUCCACCGUUUUUACUUUCUGGAUUCCUCGGAGCAGGUUGUGGUCAUUUUUGGUGUGUGUGUGCGUGCGUGUGUGUGUGUGCGCGUGUGUGUGUGUGUAUGCCCCGUGACGGCAACACUAGCGCCCCCUGGAGGAAGUCGGUCUAGUGGCAGGAAGGUCGUCGGGCGUUCACGGUGCGCGGUUCCCGCCUGGUGGGUGUUUACUUCCUGGUUUGUGACUGAAUGUGUUUGGAAGUCUGCUCGUGUAGUGUCAGCAUUGUGACUGCAAAUAAACCUCAUCAUUUUUACUAGGCCACG